CAGCCAGUGAAGAGAGGCGCGUGCUGCAGCGCGGUAGCCUCGGUCUGCGAGGCGCACUGAAACUCACUGGCUGUCAAGCGCUCUUUCUUGCUGCAGGCGGCGUGCUGACUGAUCUCACCAACAGGGGCUUCUAUGUAAACUGAAGCUAAACAAAUACAGAUGAAUCUUCGAGCACAUUCACAAAAAUGCAGGCAAUGCUACAAGGGCUUCAGAUGACAUUCAGAGCCCACAGGAGCAACACGCUGCACUUUAGGCGUUUUUUAAUGUAUGCGUUAUGUAUUAUUUAAUAUAAGGGGUGAUAAUGGUGCCGCGUAGAUCAGUAAGCCUGUUUACUCACUAGGCAUAUGUUGCAAUAAAGUAUCUGAUUCUUGAUAUCUAGAUAUAUCGUUUUAUUUUUUUCUCGUCUUUAUUUAGAUUUGUCGAGGCGUUUUUAGUCAUUACCAAUUAUUUUGAUCUGGUGACUGACUCAUUUUUCUCAGAAUGAAGAAUCCGCAGGCUGUUACUGAAGAGAAAUUGAAGACCCUGUAUGCCAAAGACGUAAACGGGAUCAGAAAGUUCAAACGAAAAAGCAGAGAGCCGGUGAAACACGUUAAGAAAAUGAAAAGUUACAAACGCGAACCUGAAAUGGAUGAGGAAGAGUUAGGAGUAAAGCGGACUGAGGAAACGAGAAGGCAAAGCGAGGAAAGGCUGCAGGAGCCUAACGGGGCUGCAUGUAACGCCGAUCACUUAAACUCAGCCAUCGACAUGAGAAUCGGUGCUUUCCCCAUGACAGCGGAGCGUCUUUCCUUGCAAUCGCUGCACUCUGAUCCCAACGCAGAAGACUCCUUAAGUAAUGCGUCGCCGCAGGUCAAAAGCUUUGACUAUCGGCAACCGUUUGCGCAAGACCAGCGUUUCCAGUCACGGAUUGUAUUGUGUCAGCGGUCUUCUGAAGGACCAUUCUCUUCGCUCCCCAGGGCGUCUUACAUCAACACCGGCGAUCGGGCGACAGCAUCGCCUCGGAAGCGGCCGGCCGAGACGUCUGGCGUCGUCACCGAGAUCAAAGCCAUCCAGCAGACUCGGAGGCUGCUGGCGAACGCCAGGGAGAGGACCCGGGUGCAUACCAUCAGCGCCGCCUUCGAGGCGCUGCGCAAGCAGGUACCAUGCUACUCCUAUGGCCAGAAGCUGUCCAAGUUGGCUAUACUGAGAAUCGCUUGCAACUACAUCCUGUCCUUGGCCCAGCUGGCCGAUAUGGACUACACUCCAGAACACAGCAACAGGAGCUUCACAGAGUGCGUGGAACAGUGCACUCGCACGCUGCAGGCCGAGGGCCGCUCCAAGAAGAGGAAGGAGUAAAUUGGAUUAAGGCCCACAGAUCCUUCGAAACAUGCUGGGACAUGUUGAGAAGACAAGGCUUUUCUGUUUGUUUCUACACGGCCUGUGUAGACCUCCUGUCCAGAAGGUCCUCAGUCACCCAUCUCCUGCCAGCUUCCCUCUGUGCACAGCUCUGCGUCCUGCCCACAAGACGCACAAUGGCAUCCCCGUUACCCAACCCUGGCUCUGCACCAAGCCCCUCAUUCUGUAGCCUUAGCUUUUCCUAGAGCUGCAUUUGACCUGAGGCUGAACAGCCAUCUAAAAGGCAUUACUGAAACAGCCAGAGGUUUCUCAGACUAGUCAGAGACUGUAACCACAGGAUGAAUUAUGGAAGCUAACAAUCUAAACCAAAUGCUUCUGAACUUGCUUGUUUUUUAACCCACAGAUAUCUUGAGUAGUAAUGCUGAAUGCUUUUUUUCCUCCUAAGAUUAAUUUUGUAAACAUAAUGAUGUUUCCUUCACAUAUGUGAAUGUCCUCUUACCAUUUUUGUAAAAUGUUCAGCUUUUAUUUUUAAAUAUUAGAUCAUUUAAUGCCAAAUAUGAAGCAUUAAGGUAAAAACAUCAACACCCAGUUAAGAAUACAGCAUUAUUGUAGUCUAAGAAACAGGGCACUCUGAAAUAUUUCAGCAGUGAACUAUUUCACUAUCGUCCUUCAUUUCCCCCAAGUAAUCUAGCUCUCAACACAACUUUUCUUUGCUAUAUAUGAAUUGUUUACUCAACAGAUUUUUCAGCAUGCUUGAAUAUAAGUUUGGAAGUAGGCAUUUCUGAUUAUGCACCAGGUUACAAUCACAAGACAUCGUUUCAAAAUACCAUUGAAGGCUGUAUUUUGUCAAAUUAAAAUGCACCACUGUUGUCAUUUCUUAAGAGAUUUAUACAGAUUGACAUAUAUAAAUGUGUUUUAUAUUUCAUCAAAUAUACAAGAAUACCAUGAUUAAAGAAGUGGUGACUUUGUUCUAAGAAUUCGGAGGUGAUUUAAAGGGUAAUCUGAAGGUUAUAUGAAGGAAGUUUUUAGACGUAUGGGCUAACAUUGAAAACGUGGGGUAAUCGCUGCUGAUGUUAGAGGUUAAUGAUGUAUGACUGAGGAAGAAAUGCCAUGUUGCCAGUGAAUUUCAACCAGAACCCGAGUCUACACCAUCCUCAGCGGCCGACUGACAGCAUACCCAGAGACUGAAGACUUUCUGUUUCUGAGGCUUGACUUUUUCUGGAGAAAGACAGCCAUGCAUCAAAUGUGCAAUUUCAAUAAAUAACUUGUUGCUAAUUUUCAUUAAAAAUGACAUUAUUUUGGGUAUUCUGUUCAAUAAUCACAGUGCAAGACAGACUUCACCUGUUUCUAGAUGUGCUCUUAUCCUGACUGAAUAUCGGCUGAUCACCUAUAUAUGAAUCUUGCUGAUUUCUAACCUGUAAGAUCUAAGAUACUCUUCUCACAAUACUACUCAGUGUCUGCUCUAGUCAUUAACCAUUGAUCUAGCUUAUAGGAGGUUUGUUUGGACAACCUAAACUGCAGUGUCCUUUAAUCCUCUUGCAAAACAAAUUUAUGUAUGACUGUAUACUUACUAUGUGAGAUUGCUAAAUUUAAAAUUAUAAUGCUUGGCGCGAGUUCUGUUUUAAACAUCCUAAUAAACAACUGAGAACCAGUGAA